GCGGGCGUUUCAGAUGCCUCUGGAUGUUCAAUGAUAGCACUCCUCCAUACUGGAGCAGCAAAGUUUCCCCAAAACUUACUUCCAAGGGCAAGACAAGCUGUGUGCUCUCUCCUCCCGGCUGGUGCUCUCAAAGGGUACAGCUCCAUCGUAAGCAGGAAGCUGGCGUCCCACGGCUUUGGAGCUUCCAUGGCAGCAAUGUCAUCCUUCCCUCCACAGAGAUAUCACUACUUCUUAGUGCUGGAUUUUGAGGCUACAUGUGAUAAACCACAGAUUCAUCCUCAGGAAAUCAUCGAGUUCCCUAUCCUGAAGCUGAAUGGCAGGACGAUGGAGAUCGAAUCCACCUUUCACAUGUAUGUUCAGCCUGUGGUGCAUCCCCAGCUUACGCCCUUCUGUACAGAGCUGACUGGGAUUAUUCAAGGCAUGGUGGAUGGGCAGCCAAGCCUCCAGCAAGUGCUUGAGAGGGUUGACGAGUGGAUGGCGAAGGAAGGCCUCUUAGAUCCCAGCGUCAAGUCGAUUUUUGUGACCUGCGGAGACUGGGAUUUGAAAGUGAUGUUACCAGGACAAUGCCAGUACUUAGGGCUGCCGGUUGCUGAUUACUUCAAACAGUGGAUUAAUCUGAAAAAGGCGUACAGCUUUGCCAUGGGGAGUUGGCCAAAGAAUGGGCUCUUAGACAUGAACAAAGGACUGAACCUACAGCACAUAGGGAGGCCUCACAGCGGGAUAGAUGACUGUAAGAACAUCGCCAACAUCAUGAAGACACUGGCCCAUAGAGGCUUCAUCUUCAAGCAGACCUCCAAACCCUUUUGAUCCCCAAGGCAAGCCAGGCAAGGGCUGCAUGCGCCCGGCGCCGGCGAGGCGGGGAGGACGGGCUCCAGCAUUAAACAAAAAACGGCAACCGAGGCCAGAGGAACCGACACAAAAAAAAAUCUCAAUUUCAGCUGUUAACUCCAGUAGAGGUUGUAUAUAUGGGAAGGCAAAUCUGUGUAGACCUGAUGUGACUCCCUCUCUGGGCUGCUCCGGACAUUAUGCCAUGCUAGCGGACAGCCGCGUAGGGCGCUUGCACCACAUUUUAGACUUGUAGUUUGUUCUUUUUCUUUGGCUCCUGAU